UUAUUUUUAGCCGGCGGCUCGGCUCGGUUGCAGGAGAAGAGGCGGGCUCGGAGGCAGAGUUUCAGCGCCGGCGAGGAAAAGGCGGGGACAGCUGGGACGCCGGCAGUGGGUCGCCGCACGCACGAAGCGGCAGCCGCCGCCGCCGCCACCGCCACCAUCGCCAGCUGGGCUGCGAGCGGGCACUCCUCCCUUCGCCCCGCAGCGGCCGGGAGCAGCAGCAGCAGGAGGCGGCGGCGGCGGUCCCCGGCUUCUCCCCUGCCGGCGCCUGGGACGACCCGUUAGUGGGAGCGCGGGCAGCCUUCCGCCGCAGGACGCCGCUCGCCUCUGCAAAUGGCCAGCCCGGCGUCGGCGCUGGCAGAGGAGCCGAGGCUGCCGCCGCAGAACGUCCCGCCGCCCGAGCCCGCUUUGGCCGAAGCCCGGCGCUGGAUCGAGCAAGUAACAGGAAAAACCUUUGGUGAUAAAGACUUUCGAUCGGGAUUAGAAAAUGGUGUGCUGCUGUGUGAGUUGUUGAAUUCCAUAAAGCCUGGAUUGGUCAAAAAGAUCAAUAGAUUGCCAACUCCCGUUGCAGGACUGGACAACAUUGCCUUGUUCUUAAGAGGUUGUAGGGAAGUGGGACUGAAAGAAUCUCAGCUUUUUGACCCAGGAGACCUGCAGGAUACUUCAAGCAGAAUAACAAUCAAGAAUCUUGACUGUAGCAGAAAGCUGAAAAAUGUUUUAAUCACCAUCUAUUGGCUGGGGAAAACUGCAAACAACAGCACUUACUAUAGUGGAGCACCACUGAAUCUGAAAGAGUUUGAAGGACUGCUAACCCAAAUGAGAAAGGACACGGAGGAGAUUGAGAGUCCGAAGCGCAGCAUCCGUGACAGCGGCUACGUAGAUUGCUGGGACUCUGAACGCAGUGACUCUCUUUCCCCCCCACGCCAUGGUAGAGAUGAUUCUUUUGACAGUCUGGAUUCCUUCGGCUCACGUUCCCAGCAGACACCAUCUCCAGAUGUGGUGCUAAGAGGAAGUAGCGAUGGAAGAGGAAGUGAUUCUGAGUCUGACCUGCCACAUCGAAAGCUGCCAGAUGUGAAGAAAGAUGAUAUGUCUGCAAGGCGGACAUCUUACAGUGAACCCAAAUCAGUUGUGCCUUUUAACCAAUACCUCCCCAAUAAAAGUAACCAGACUGCCUAUAUUCCGGCUCCUCUCAGGAAGAAGAAAGUGGAACGAGAUGACUUCCGAAAGAGCUGGAGUACCGUUUCAUCUCCACUAGGAGGAGAGAGACCUUUCAGCAAACUCCAUCCUGAAACUAUAGAAGAAGAACAAAGUGAACUACUGUUGCCAUUUGAAGGGGCCCCCGUGAGCAGCAGAAUUACCACUUCAGCCCCCUCGGCGAACGCUGUUCAGACAGACAAGAGUCAAAAGAGCCCUUUACAUCAGUUUCUCACAUGUUCUGGAAACAAAACAGCAGGGCCCAGAAAUGAUGAAAAAGGUCCAGAGGAAAUCAGGAAGCUGAAAAGGCUGGAACAGGCUGGUAUUAAGGUCAGACCAGCAGCACACCGCUAUGGCAGCAGUCAAAAGCACAUGUGUGAAGUGAAUGAGGUUACCCCAGACAUCAUCCUUCGCAAAGAGAACCCUUUUAUGUGGUGCUAUCAGCAAAAAGAUUCUGGCUCUGAAGAUGAACAAGACGAUAGAAUUCCUGACCUAGAGAAAGAUGAUUUUGCUAUACGCAGAGCAAGGCUAAAUCACCGCCAGUAUGCAUUGCCAUGUACUCACUUCCUUCUUGGCCCCUAUACAAACAAAGAUCGAAAUAAAGCGGAAGAAGGAAAGACACAAAAGAAAAAGCAGGAAUGCUCCAGUGGGAGAAAGAUACCCAUGACUUCAACAAAGCCAGAGGUGCUGUGUGCAGGCAAACCACCCCUGAAGUCUCGGGAGGAUGAGUCCAAGGAAGAAGGCAGAGCUAAAAUUCCUGAUACACAAAGUCAUGACCUGGCCAAGAAAAAAACUCAGACUAGUCCUCCCCAACCAGACUUUCCAAGUUUUGUGAAUGCAUCUAUAACACAAAAAGAUAAAGAGAUCUGGGAUCGACUGAAAGUUUCAGGGGAGACGAGUGAAAUAAUGUUGGCCAAUUCAGAUGAGUAUAAUUCAUCUGUCCGGGAUGCUUGUGCUGAUCCCCAGAGGCAACUAUCAAGCAGUCUGAGUGAAUGGCAUGAAAAUAGUGAAGAAGAAUUGGAUAGCCGCUUCCCAGAUAUUGAAAGGGAUGACAUGAUGGCUAGAAGAUUUGGAACUUUUCAGAAAUCGAUUAGUCCUGUUUACACAGCUAACAAUUUAGCAAUAUGUAAUUAUCCAUUGAAGCACCAAAGAAAAGUUGCUGGUCAGAAAAAGCAACAAAAUCCACAAAAAGCAGAAAAAAUCGAAAGAAAUUUCUCAUUGGUUUGCAUGACUCAACGUGGUCAUGGAGCACCUUCAUUUAUAUCAAAAGAUCAAAAUGAGCACAAAAGUGAUACAGAAAGUGAGAAUGUGGGAUUUCAAAAUCCAGGGAAAGAUGGCAUUAUGGUGAGAAGAACUGAAGCUUUUUCAGAGCAGGCUGAACCAAGCAUGAGUCGGUUAAUUCCUGUUCAUUUCUCCAAGCAACAGUAUGGGGAGGAAGCAACUAAAGAGAUUAUAAAGACUGAACAGCAAAAGAAGAGCGUCAUUGUGACAGAUUCAGUAGGAGCUGAAAAGCAUCUAAAGUUUUGUGCAGAAAUCUCUCAAAGUCUUGCAGCGCAGCCUGAAUACACACUGGAACACAGCAGACAUAGUUUUGCAGAUUUAGCACAAGAGGAUGUGCCUUCUGUUGUUCAUAAGAAUAUAUCUGGCCUCAAUUCAGUCCAGCCAGAGAUGCAGGAACUUCUCAAAAGAAAUAGUAAACAACUUCCAUCACUAGAAGAUGAACCUGUGCAAAUAUUCGGCUCCAGAACCCCUGUGUCUGAUGACGCAGAGAGUGUGAGCAUGUUCGACAUGAGAUGCACAGAUGAGGGUGCUGUGAUGCAGCCUCACAGUAAAGCGCGCCAUGAAAAGUUGCAAAGUAUUCACAGCCAGCUAAAGGAAGAUGAGGAUCAGUGGCAAGAUGAUUUAGCCAAGUGGAAAAAUCGUCGUCGGAGUGCUUCACAGGACUUGCUGAAAAAAGAAGCUGAGAGGAAGAAGAUGGAGCUGCUACUCACUGGAGCUGAGGGAAGCAGUGAGAGAAGGAAGAGCAUCAAGACAUACCGAGAGAUUGUGGAAGAGAAAGAGAAGCGUGAGAGAGAGUUGCAUGAAGCCUACAAGAACGCCAGGUCUCAGGAAGAGGCAGAUAGUAUCCUCCAACAUUACAUUGAGAGGUUCACCAUUAGCGAAGCUGUCCUUGAACACUUGGAGAUGCCAAAACUUCUGGAGAGAAGCCAUUCUGUUGAGCCAAGCUCAUCCUCCCCAUCUAAGGACUCCAAUCCCCUCCGAUAUUUACGGCAGCAGUCGCUCCCAGUCCCAAAAUUUACUGCCAAGUUGGAAGCAACCAUUGCCCCCACCAUCAGUGGAUCAGAAGCCAGCAUUUCCACCAGCUGCCCCUCAUCAAGCAGACCUUCAAUUUCCAAGGCUGUGCCUCUGGUGACUCCCAAGCCUUACUCCCAGCCUAAAAAUACACAGGAGAUUUUAAGAAACUUCAAGGUCGAUGGAAAAAUCACCAUAAAUGGAGAAGCUACCAAUGGAGUGGAAGAGCAGCAAGAGAAAGAAUGCACAGCCUUUGUAUUUUCACCUUCCCCCAGCCUUUCACUGAAGUCUGACCACGUGGUAGAAUUGCAUGGUGGCUCCAUGGAGGGAAACCCAAAUUCCAGUCAUACUGAGGUGGUUCGGAAGAGCUUAAUCGAACACAGUGUGCACAGAGAGCAAGUUGGCUCCUUCACCGAAGAAGCUGAACCAGCCAGCUAUAAAGAUAAAAUGGAUUCUGAAGAAACAUUUCUGGCUCCAGACCACACAGAAUCUAGCACAAUGUUUUCCUGUGCCAACCCUGUGGUGGCCAAUGUGGAAAUAUCUUCCCUUGGCAAUCAUUCCAACGAGACAGAAUCAAAUAAUGAGCUGAAUUCAACUCACGAGCCAAAACAACCUGAAAGAGGAGAACAGAAUGGUGCAGAAGCCUUGGUUGACCAGAAGGCAGAUAACUUGGCGGCUCCAAAACAAGGUGGAGACCUAAUCUUUUCUCUUCUGAAGAAGCUCCCAGAGACAAGCCAAGGCGUUUUGCAGGAGACUCCCCUACAAGCCACCACUGAUAACAGCGACGCAUCAAACCGUUUGAGUUGCUGGUCCUGGGAUCCGGAAGAAGAGCGUAAGCGCCAGGAACGGUGGCAGCAGGAGCAGGAGCGUUUACUUCAGGAAAGGUAUCAGAAAGAGCAGGAGAAGUUGAAAAAAGAAUGGGAAAAGGCACAAAAAGAAGUUGAAGAGGAGGAGCGUAAAUACUAUGAAGAGGAACGCAAGAUCAUUGAAGAUACCGUGGUCCCAUUCAUGCUUGCUUCGAACUCUGCAGAGCCCUUGUCUACAUCGUCUUCUGUGACCGAUGGAAACAGGACAAUGAAUGUAGCAGAUAUGAGUAACUCUGAAGAGGAUAAUAAGCAAAACGAAGAUACAAAACUGAAGGCGUUAUUUUGUGAACAAGAUGGCACGUCCUUUUCAAAAAAUAAGGAAUGUGAACCACAAGAGGAGAACGUGAGCACUGUGAAUAAGGAAGAAUAUCUAGAAACCGUGAGUUGGAGACCAAAGGAGCAAGAUCUCACACCUGAAGGCAGAUCGCCCAGCAAGAUGUCUUUGCCGCUAUGUCCAGAUGAGCAGUGGAAUCAGCCAUUAUCAGCUGAACAGAGCCCAUGCAUUUCAGACAUCAGACAGAAGGAUUCACAGCUGGCGUAUAAUAUAGGCCUGCCAGCCAGUUCCCCAAAAGAAAUUAAGAGGGCACCUUCCCAAGGCAGCUCCAGAACUGGGCCAUCGUCACCAUGUUCUCCAAUCGUCCAAAGCCAAUCAUCUAACAGGUCCAUCAGUGGGAAGAAGCUCUGCUCUAGCUGUGGACACGCCCUUGGGAAAGGCGCUGCCAUGAUUAUUGAAACACUUGGUCUUUAUUUCCAUCUUCAGUGCUUCAGGUGUGGAAUUUGUAAGGGACAGCUCGGGGAUGCAGCAACUGGAACGGACGUCCGGAUCAAAAACGGCCUUCUCACCUGCAGUGAUUGUUACAUCAAAUCCAGAACCGCUGGUCAGCCAACCACUUUGUGACAUGGAUCUCAGUUCUGCUUACAGAUGUUCUCAAGAAGGAACAUCAUCAUCAUUUCUGUCCUGGAGCUGUUCAGCACAAUUGCUUGUAAGAGCUCAAAUCCAUGGACUUCAUAGCUCUUGUCUUACUUUGAAAGAGGGGUUGAAAGGCUCGAAUGCCUAUUUCCUCAUGCAAUACAUAAUUUUAUUUCCUGAGUUCACUUAUGUUAUGUGUAUGAAGUACAUUGCUGGACAUUUAGCUGCUUUCCCUCCUACGAGAGCGCGUUCCAAAUUAUCGGUCAUGAUUGGUUUCAGAAUAUGUUAUUUUGAAAGGAAUGAAGAUGCAAUAAGUCUAUUCUGUUUUAAUAUCCUAGGAACUGAGAAUUUUAAGCUUACACAAACUUUGUAGAUGUUCUCUAAUAUGCCAAUAUAUUAAUCUAAUUAACUGUGUUGGCGGGAGGAGGUUAAGCAGCAUCAGAGAAACCAACUUUUCAGUUUAUUACUAAAGAAGUAACUUUUUUUAUAUGGACACAUUUGAUAAAACAUAUUGUAAUUCUGAAACCUUUUACUAUAUUGCCUUCAGUGGAGGGUAGGAAUUCUCUCAAUAAAUUAUUGCACCUUCAGUCAUGCAGUCUUUGAAAACAUAAAAUGAGGCUUCUUGUAAUAACUGUUCAUCUACAUAAUGUUGGCAUUUUCACGAAACAAAUAAUAUAAACAUUCGGCGAUUGUCAAAAUG